UAUUUUUGUGUCUCUUAGAACAAUGAAUAGUUAUACUUGAAUAUUUAAGAAAGUGUACAACAGAUAUGGCACUGUUCACUAAAGUUAUUUGCCGAUUUCUAAGUGAAUCCUCUACUUGCAGUCAGAGACAAUUUGUUGGAAGAUUUCAAAGAUGCUUGGCUACACAAGGAUUUUCAAAUGGAACACAUACAAAGGAAAUAAACUCAACUCCUAACGAGUCUGAAAAAUAUACAAAAGAACACCGCAAACGAAUGGCUAAUUACUACUCCCUUUUCAUUGGCUCAUUGGUUGGUAUUGCGGGCUCUUCAUUUUUGAUUUAUAAAAAGUUGACAACAGCAGAAGCGAAAGCAUUGGAGGAUAGUGUCAAGGAAGAAGUGGUGGAAAUGUCAAGUGGAUCACUUCAUAAAAGUCAGGCUGGUUUUAAAGAGAGAAAGAUUAUUGAAUAUGAAAAUCGAAUUCGUGCAUACAGUACACCAGAUAAGAUUUUCCGAUACUUUGCUACAUUACAAGACACCAAGACUGGAGAUAUAUACAUGACUCCAGAAGAUUUCGUUCGAGCAUUAACACCAGAUACUAUGCAGCCUAAAGGUUUGGGUUUGGACCAAUUUAAAAAGUUUGAUGCAAAGCACAUCCCUCCAUAUGUAUGUCCCUUCUAUGGGAGUGGUAGUGUCUUCCAUUGUCUUGGUGAAGGUGGCUUGGUAUCGUUUUCUGAUUAUGUCUUCUUACUAACAGUUCUUGGAACUUCAGCACGCCAUAUUGAAAUUGCUUUUAAAAUGUUUGAUUUAAACGGCGAUGGUGAAGUAACUAUAGAAGAGUUUAAAAAGGUGCGCUCAUUAUUUCUCAGCAUGACGACAACAGGCAGUCGCCAUCGUGAUCGCUCCACCACAGGUAAUGUGUUGCAUGGAAAUGUGAACACAGGUCUGGCUGCAUAUUUAUUUGGUGUGGAUGGUAGUGGAAAAUUAACAAGUGAGGAGUUUGUGCAAUUUAAAAGAAGAUUACAAGAAGAAGUCAUGUAUUUAGAGUUUGUCAGCUUUCAACCUAAAAAUGGAUUGAUAUCUGAACGUCAAUUUGCUGAAAUCUUGCUGACGUAUGCAAAUUUUGGAAACGCUAAGAAGAACAAGAUUAUAAAAGGAAUUGAGGAGGUCUAUGGAAAACAAAACAGUGAGAAACAUAUCGGUGUGACAUUUCAAGAUUAUUUGAAUUUCUUCAGUUUUCUUCUUAAUAUUCGUGAUGUAGAGAUGGCAUUGAGUUUUCAUACCGUGGCUGGACAAUCCGUUAGCAAAGGGACGUUAAAGCAAGUUGCGAAGACUGUAGCGGGUGUUGAUUUGAGAGACCAUCUUGUCGAUAUCGUGUUCAGUAUUUUCGAUGAAAACGGUGAUGACGAGCUGAGUAACAAAGAAUUUAUCGCUGUAAUGAAAGACAAGAUGUUUCGAGGGUUAAACAAGCCAAAAGACACUGGCUUCACACGGUUUUUAUCUGCUAUUUACGCAUGCGCAAAAAGUAACAUUAUCGAAUCAUGGACAACACCUGACCAUACACACUAAAUCUAAAUUUAUUGUAGCUAUAAUGAAAUUGCACAAAUAUAAAUUAUAAUACAUAAAAUGUCGAAAAGUAAGAAGAAUACGUUACGUUUGUGUGUUGAAAGUUUAUCAAAUGCUGUAGCUAUAUUCGUGCAAAACCUAUCCGGUUAAUUCAUAUACUUAGUUUUCGAUUUUUCCCGCGCAUAUCACAUGUUGAUGUGCUACCACGUGAAUAAUUAUUUAUUUUCACUUUGAUUCCAAUUUAUUUAUUUAUAUACCUGUAAUUUUUAUUUUGUUUCUUUUAGUUUGUUUUUUUUUACUAUUAUUUGGGUUGUAUAUUUGAUUAGAUGUAUCUGUUUAAAAUGCCAGCUGAUAUAUGGUAGCACUUUAAUAGUAUCAUUGUUUUGGA